AUGACAACACCUGAGAUUGUUGUCAAAACGGAAGUGGAUUUUGAUUUCAUAGCCAAUUAUACCGGAGAUAAUGACACGCAGAAUUCGCAAAGUUCACAAAGUGGUAGGUGUAAUUCCAAGGCGGCUUGCAACAUCGGCGUACAACAUAGUGGUGCACAGCUGGAAGCAGCACGGCAACACCAUGGCGACCAAGAAAUGCAAAUCGAUGGUGAUAAAGAUGAUGCGAAACUGAUAAAAUUGUUGAAAGAGUUCGAUUUGGAGAUAUUAUAUACAACGCUGAAGUUGAACGAUGUCACCUUUCGCAGCCUAAAAUAUCUCGCUGUUGACGACAUUAAUACCGCCUUACGGCAUGUAGGCUAUCGUGCCGAGUUCCGUGAAAAGCUUUUUGCCUGGCGGAAAGAAAAGUUCCCGACUUCAGACAACAGCAGCGCACAGUUAGUGGCCUCCCAGCAGCAGAUUACAGCGAUAAAUGUGCCAAAUAAAACAACACCCACUUCCGUUGUAGCACCAGCAAUUUCUAUACAAUCACUACAACAACAACUACUAACGCCGAGCAGCUUGCAAACAAUCAUAACCAAUCCCACAAACAACAAUGCCAUACCAACACUCACCGUUACACCCACCAACGCUGUCGCCUCAACGGUUACUGCAGGAAUGACAACCACAGCAACAACAGGUUCAGCAACCAUUAUCAAACGCAACACAGCACAAGCUGAGGAUUUUCUGAGCCUGUUGCCAGGCGUAAGUGGCACGACAGCUCGUAUGACCAAUAAUAUGCCAGCUGUUGUAUUAGAGCCGAACUUAGAUUUGCGCAGCGCAUUCAGUUUCAUGCCACAAACUGCCAAACUGUCACCUAAACGACGCUCAAUGGCAACGGCAACGGGAUCGACAGCAACAGCAACACCACCAAUAGCGACUGCAACAGCAAUGGCGGCAAGAGCUUCUACAAAAACCAUAAAUGCCGAGCAGCAUUUGAUGUUGGAGGCGCAUGCCAGCGUUGACGGUGGAAGCGGUGGUAGCAAUCGCAAUGGUAGUGGAAGUGGCGGCAACAGUAGUAGCAAUAACGAGGUGGACGGUUGCAGAGGCGGAUUCAGCGACAAUGGUUAUGCGCCAAAGGGACCAUUGAUUAUGAAUUGCGCCAAAGUGGAUACAGUUAAGGUGUUGCAAAGCUCCCAUAUCGGCCAACGCAUUAAGCAGUUUUACAACAAAAAUGGCUAUCUUGAGAAUCACCAACGCAAUGAAAUUGUACGUCUCAUUGUCUCCGAUGUGAUGCGUCAGGGCGAGUCCCUGAGCCCGAAAGACUUGCGCGCGAUUUUGAGUGACAUCAUAAACCUAUUCCCCAAUGAGCAGGCAGCAGCGGAUUACUACUUUAUUUAUCGAGGCGGCAAAGGCAACCCGCUGGGCCGUCUCUACCAACGAUACUCCAAUGAGAAUGUUAAGCGUCGGCGUAUGAUACGUCUCAGCGAUGAUGAGGAUUGUACCUACGAUGUAGACAUGACACACCAGAUGAGCACCAACAGCAACUUAAUGGACGAUGAUGAUACCAUGUCAACGUAUCCACAAGAUUUGCCAGGACAAGUGCCACGCGUCGACGAGAUGACCGCGCUCGCACUGAAGCAACUGCUGACUACGGAUCAUUUUAGUUGGGAAGAGGUGUGCGAUAAGUGGAUACAAACUUGGGCACUGCGGCAGAAGGAAAUGCAGCAGAGUGGUUUGGCAGAGCUGCUGUCCAACUGGUCAAAGUUGGCAGAUCCGCGUGCAGCAGAGCUGUAUAAAAUCGACUUUCGCCAUGUUUACCCGGACAAAGAAAAUCUAUUGGUAGCUAAAUGGGACGAGUAUAUGAAGAAGGUGACACAGCAAUUCGACAAGAAACUCAACCAGGAUGAUAUUAAAAAGUUGUACAAGUAUUGUAAAAUGGGCAUGGCCAGCAAAGAUGAGAAAGAUUUCAUCUACGCCGUUGGUCUCACUGCACUAUUACCCUGUACCAGUCGUUUCAAGGAUAACUAUGGUAAACUGAGCAUACGCGCCAAUUUGACUGACAGCAUCGAUUCGUUUGUGAUGCGUCUCAAUACACUUGAGUCUUAUGAAUCUCGUUUGGAUAUGUACAACCGUAAAUAUGGACCUGUCAACAGGACCAUCCAUCCCUUCUUGGUCGUCAUCAUGCCCAACGAAUGCACCAUUUCGAAAAUUUACGUGGCAUUGGAAAAUCACUUCUACUGCAUGCAAUCUUUCUUGCAAGCACUCGAUUUAUGUUAUAAAAUUUAUCACACUUGUGGUUUAAAGUAUCCAACGAUGUGCGAGAAUGUGUGGACAUUCAUACAACGGUACUUUUAUGACAUGACUGUCCCAUGGGAGGCGAGAAAUGCGAAUUUGGUCUCAUUGAUGGUGUCGCUGACCAUGCGAAAUUGAGUUCUGGGCAUGGA